AUGGCUCGUACCAAGCAAACAGCUCGUAAAUCCACUGGAGGUAAAGGGGGAAAAUUGCCAAGGAAACAUUUGGCUACUAAGGCAGCGAGAAAAACGGCUCCAACAUCUGGUGGAGUGAAAAAACCUCACAGAUACCGUCCAGGCACUGUCGCUCUUCGUGAAAUAAGAAGAUACCAAAAAUCCACUGACUUGCUCAUCAAAAGAGCGCCAUUCCAGCGUUUAGUCAAAGAAAUAGCACAGGAUUAUAAAACUGAUCUCCGUUUCCAAACGGCAACUAUUGGUGCCCUUCAAGAAGCCGCCGAAGCUUACUUGGUGGGUCUGUUCGAAGACACAAAUUUGUGUGCCACCCAUGCCAAGCGUGUAACUAUUAUGCCCAAGGAUCUCCAACUGGCCCGUAGAAUUCGUGGAGAAAGAUCCUAAGAAGUUGGCUAAUAAUUUAGAUGAAAGGUUUCACUUGAACGUAAUAUAUUUUUAAGGGUUCGAAAUAUCCUGUCAACCUUUACAUUGCGAACCUAAUUUUUUAAACCAA